AUGUUUUGUAAGAGAGACAACAUGGAGGAUUUUAAGGAAGAGAAAUGUUAUGUGGAAACUGAUCCAACUGGUCGUUAUGGCAGGUUUGGAGAUGUGCUUGGAAAAGGGGCAAUGAAGACAGUGUACAAAGCAAUUGAUGAGGUGCUUGGAAUAGAGGUAGCAUGGAACCAAGUGAGGCUCAAUGAGGUACUUAAUACGCCGGAAGAUUUGCAGCGGCUUUACUCGGAGGUUCAUCUCCUCAGCACGCUCAAGCAUCGGUCGAUUAUGCGAUUCUAUACGUCUUGGAUUGAUAUCGAUAACAAGGCUUUCAAUUUCAUUACAGAAAUGUUCACAUCAGGAUCACUUAGAGAAUACCGUAAGAAGUAUAAGCGAGUAAGCGUACAAGCGAUAAAGAGUUGGGCGCGCCAAAUCUUACAUGGUCUAGUUUUUCUACAUGAACAUGAUCCACCUGUUAUCCAUAGGGACUUGAAAUGUGAUAACAUAUUUGUGAAUGGCCAUCUUGGACAAGUGAAAAUUGGUGAUCUUGGACUAGCUGCAAUUCUCCAAGGCUCUCAAUCAGCUCAUAGUGUUAUAGGUACACCGGAGUUCAUGGCACCGGAAAUGUACGAGGAAGAAUACAAUGAACUUGCUGAUGUUUACUCAUUUGGCAUGUGUGUGUUGGAAAUGCUCACUUCUGAUUAUCCGUAUAGCGAAUGUACUAAUCCAGCGCAGAUUUACAAGAAAGUGACAUCGGGGAAGCUACCAAUGUCGUUUUUCUGCAUUGAAGACACGGAAGCACGGAAAUUCAUUGGAAAGUGUUUAGAACCUGCAGCAAAGAGACCAUCUGCGAAAGAGCUGUUGCUUGAGCCCUUUCUUUUGGCCGAUGAUUUGUCGUCGGCUAAGAAGUUGGCAAUUCAGAAACCAUUUUUGAAUGACAGUGAGAUGGAGAAACUUCGACUGAGUGAUGAAUUUCCUAGGACUGAAAUGAAAGUAAUCGGAAAGUUGAAUCCCGAAGACGAAACCAUCUUUCUCAAAGUGCAAAUUUCUGAUAAGAAUUGUUCUGUUAGGAAUGUAUAUUUUCCAUUUGAUAUUCACACUGACACACCAAUUGAUGUUGCAAUGGAGAUGGUAAAAGAAUUGGAGAUUUCUGAUUGGGAUCCUUAUGAUAUUGCGAAUAUGAUCAAUAGAGAGAUAUCUGCUCUUCUGCCAUUUAGAUGGAAAAAUGAAAAUUCAGAUUCCUUCCAAACAUUCAGUUACCAAAAUGACGAUAUCGAUGAACAUCGUCUUCAUUUCCGCUCAAUCUCCUCUUGUUCAUCGUUACAAGAAUCAAUACCGGAUUUCGCCUGUAAAGCUGAUGAAAUAUCGCGCGGCUAUUAUUUGCUUCACGAUGAUUUACAUGAUGAUAACAGUUCAAGAUGCUCUUCACAAGGGACAUAUUCAAACUGGAACUACUAUUCUAUGGAUGAUCAUGAACACAAUGUACCUUCGAUCCGAAAAGAUUAUAACCUUCCCAUCAUAAAGAGUCACAAGGGCACAAGAUUUUCACCUGGUGAAGAGUUAAGCAAUUGCAACCAGUGUAAAAUUUUAGGAGGAUCACAGAAUGCUUCACCUAGUAAAAACAAGAUGAUGAUGGAAAAUCGAAAACUGACACGGAACAGGUCACUGAUCGACACACGGAGCCAAUUGUUACACAGAUCAUUGGUUGAUGAGUUGAACAAAAGAAGACAAUUCAAGACUGUUGGUGCUGUGGAGAAUAUUGGAUUUCAGUCACCUUAUGAUGACUCUAUAUGA